AUGACUCGGCGCAAAUUCAACAGCGACUUGGCUCAUGCAUCUCAGCAGGCUGUUGCGCAUAUAUCCGACCUUACGAAAGGAGAUGAUGAUGGCCAAGUCAAGUUUGUCUUCUCUGACGAUGCGCUGGUCUCACCUCUUAUCAUCCGUCUCAUCACCUUGAACAUUGAUGAAUACCCUCAAGGUUCCGGUUUCCUGGCUUACACCGAUGCCGACUCGAUUCCCACCGCUGUCUCUGAACUCCUUGAUGAGCUUCCCAGCUUAAGUCAGUACAAAUCCAUCCUCGACACUCUGCGUCUUAUCUCGAGAAGAUUGAGCCGCCAUCUUGCUUCGGAAACCAGCGACCACUCCGACGUCGAAAUGACCGAUGUCGAGCCGAACGACAACCCAGACACCGAGGAAGACGAGGAAGACGACGAGUAUGGCUACGAAGACGACGUGGCGUUUGGGCUUGGUUCCGCAGCCCACUCGCUCCCGACGCCUACCCAUGCCCCAAAGGAGCGGGUCAAAGUCACUGCUCGCCUGGUUGAAGACCUUCGCAAGGCCAAGGAGGCUGGCUUCAAGGUUUCCUUGUUGACCAACGUCACAGAACACGAGGACAGUCGCAUCUUUGCUCUUUCUCUCCCAGUCACCCAUCUCGGUCUCAACGAGGACACUCUCGAGGCUUGGGAGGUGAACUCCUCAGACUACAUCGUGUUGCUAUGCAGGUACGAUUCUGGGUAUCCUUGCGUGGAGACCUUCAAGGACCUCCCGCCUGGCCACGCAGCUUCUAUGCAGUUCCGCUUCGGAAAGUGCGCCUCGUUCAAACCCACUCUUAGUUCUGCCUUUACUGCGCUCAACCCAAAGUUUAACAACGCCCAAGGAAUCUCAGCAGAAGAGGUGUUGGCGAUCGCAAAAGCUCAAGAUGCAGCCUUCUGCUCCAUGCCCAUUUCAAACUCGAUCGACACAUUCCUGAACAGGCAACUCGCAACGUUGCUGAAAAUUCGCUUGGCUCAAGGCGUCUCUUGGGAUGGUGCCACAGAUUUGGUACGAACGCUGACCAGAGAUGGACACCUUCGCGGUUCAAAAUCAAAACUGAACCACACGCUCCAUCUUGCCGACGAUACGGAAGCCCAAGUCUCUACAACAGCCCGUGAGCUGCUCAACAAGGACUACGUGAGACACAAUCCCCACGCCGCAGGUCCUCUGCCUCAAAAUGAACUCAGCACACCCUUGAUUGCAAUGCAGUUCGCCUUGCGGUACUUUGUCAAAAGCACUCAGUACUGUCUUGUCUGUCAUCAGAAGACUGAUCCUGGCUUCGACGCCCUGAAACCAUACGUGUGCAGCGAGCCCCUUUGCCUUUUUCAAUACAUGGCUCUGGGGUUAGGUCCCAGCAUUGAGCAUGAUAUCAUUGCUCGCCCUUAUGUUGUUGACCUUCUAGUCAGCUUUUGCGCUGCUGGUUUGCAUGCGUCUCGGAUUCGCGAAUGGCCGAAAGGUCUGGCUAUCAAAGUUCCUCUGCUGAGCUGCCCCUCAACCCCGGCGAACAUCUUCGGAUCGUGGCCUGUCAACAGUGCAUACCAGCUCGGACAACCACCAGAAGUUCGACGUAUCAACCCUGCUAUUCCUGUAUUGGCACAGAUUUCGGCUGGAAAGUUUGACCUCGACAGCACACAAACCAUGGUGCUGAAGCCUGGAGACAUGGUCAUUCUGAUCAAAUCUGCAAUGGUGGGAGGUCAGGGGAGCAAGGCCGACGUACAUCAUUGCCGAAUCAAGAGCAUCGACACCGUCCGUAAUGGCGAUGGCAACAAUGGCGGUAGAGUGGUUGAAUUCGAUUGCAUCAUGUCGACUGACAGACAGCCAAACGUCGCCAGCACCACGAAUUCUUACUGGUCUGGAUCGGACGGAUCCUCGUUGUCAGCUGAAGAGGCUGAUUGCAGGCCCGAGGGGAUGAUUGACGACGAAAAGGGUGACGCUGAAUUGCUUCUCUACGAAUACGACCUCGACGAACUGGAACCGCCCUAUCAACGAGAGGCUCUGAUGGUUCUCGUGCAAACAAUUCCUUCGAUUAGAACCUUGCGAGAUUACCUCAAGAGCCACCAGGGAUCAUCAUUGAGCGAGUGUAACAAGAUCUCAAGAUCCGCUCUCGCGUUACUCCGAUGGAUCGUUGCCUCUAAUCGAUCAUUCAUCGUACAGAUUGAUCAACCUGCCGACCUCGACAUCGGCGGAAUCUCGGCGACUGAGAACCGACAACACGAGCGAGUUGUUGGCAUGACUGAUGAUUGGAUGCAGUUUCGCUUUGCACAAGGAUCGCCCGAGAAGGAGAAUCGUUUCAAGGAGGAGCUGGAAAAGCAGGGAAAUCACCGUUACCCGACGCUUUUUGCCUGGCACGGCAGCCAGCUUGGAAACUGGCAUAGUAUCAUAAGGACUGGCUUAGACUUCAAGGAAACGCUCAACGGCCGUGCUUUUGGUCACGGAGUGUACUUUGCCCGCGAUUUCUCGACAAGUCAGGGAUACAGUAGAACCGGCAUGUCAUCCUGGAUUGGAUCGGAGCUGAAGCUGUUUGCCGCCAUCAGUCUUUGCGAGAUCAUCAACCGUCCGACUCAGUUCACGUCAACAAGUCCGUUCUAUGUGGUUGAUCAGGUUGAUUGGAUCCAAUGCCGCUACCUCUUAGCCCAACGGAAACAUGCAACUGAAACACAGGCCCAGAAACCCACUUCUACACCGGAAACCGAGUAUAUCUCUCAGGACCCUUCCCAUCAACCCACAGGAAAGGGCGGUGGUGCUGUGAGAAUUCCUGUAGCUGCGCUUCCAAGAUGGCGUCAAAAGUCAGCGCCUCCUGGGUCUUCGAUGUCUCAGCCAAUUGUUGUAAUGGACGACUCAGACGACGACCAUGACAAUGAACCGGAUGACUUCGAUUUAAUGAUGAGACUCCGAGAUAGCGAAGAGCAUGGUGAAGCAGACAAGAGCAAGGCUGUCGUAUGUUCUGAUCCUGAGAAGAUAGACUUCGUGCCGGGCAGCCUCGAUCUCGGUUCAGUGCCUCAACUUUCUCCUCCCAACUGGGCCUCCGACCAAGGAAGGAAGUUCCUUGGUAAGGAGCUCAGCAGGCUGCAGAAAUUGCAGGCCAAGACGCCUUUGCACCAGAUCGGCUGGUACAUCGACUUCGACAACAUCACGAACAUGUUUCAGUGGAUCGUUGAGCUACACAGUUUCGAGAAAUCUCUUCCUCUUGCGCAAGACAUGCAGCGUCUCGGCGUCUCCAGUAUUGUCAUCGAGAUUCGCUUCGGCCGUCAAUUCCCGCUGUCUCCGCCGUUUGUCCGUGUGGUCCGUCCUCGAUUCCUUCCAUUCUCACAGAGAGGGGGCGGACAUGUCACGACUGGCGGCGCCAUGUGUAUGGAGCUUCUGACCAACAGCGGCUGGAGCCCCGUCAGCAGCAUGGAAAGCGUCUUGCUUCAAGUACGCAUGGCAAUGUGUAAUCUCGAGCCGUUCCCAGCACGGCUAAUGGGCAAUACUGCCGGCUCCUCAAACGACUAUGGAGUUUACGAGGCCAUUGAGGCGUACAAGCGCGCCGCUGCCACUCACGGUUGGCGGGUUCCUCCCGAUCUGGACAUGACGGCAAAUGCGCAGUGA